ACGACUUAACUAUUAAAUAAGAAAGGAAAGUCGGUGGUGAUCGAACGACGGCAAGGUUGCUUGUGUAACGAUGUAAUCUAUGCUUGUAUUUUCAGUUUAUAAGAAAAUAUAGGAAGAAGACAUGAGUCGGUGGAGUAAAUUCCUCCUGGAAUGGAACAAGGUUAUUGUUGGGUCUAUUUUGACUGCCGGCUCCCUUGCAGAACUCUUCUGUUUCUGCUCGCCAGAGACACUGUUUCUGAAGCAGUACAAAUACUUGAUGACAUACAAGGAAAUGGAAGAGCCUUAUCCACUUACCUCAAAAGUGGAUCAGGCUAAAUAUGAGGUAUUCGAAGACUUGAUUCGCAAACAAAGGCUGACACAGAAGCAGCUGGAGAAAAUAGACAUAGUUAUCAAUGGGGACAUGAACAACCCAUUUCACAAAGGAAAUCUGCACUCCAGAUUUGGAACUUUCAUUGGCCUACCAAUUGCAUUCACAUUCAACACUCCAGAGGAGGUCCCCAUGGACAACUAUCGGAUCGGACAAACUCUUACCAUUGAAGAUGGAACCCAAGAAGGCGCUGUCUUAAAAAAAUCCAUUAUUCUGGGAAAAAAUGCCGUGAAAUAUGCUUUGCUUCAUGAAUGUUUGUUAACGGAUAGUUACUACAUGCAAAUCAAAUUUGGUUUAAUUGUCACAUGUAUUAGUGGCUGUGCAACCUUUAUGUACACUAGUGCAACAAAAAUGAAAUUUCGAUCCGGAUUUCGGAUGUUGGCAACAAUAGUACCAGGUUGUCUAGUCUAUGGUUUAGUGCUUCUACAAUUUUGGUGUUUGUACAAACGAUGGAAGGAUGCCAAAGUGGAUGAAGAGGUAGCCGAGUUUGGUCAGGAUUAUGUUCUCGGAGGUUUAGAAUAUUACUCGCAGAUGGUACGACGAAACAAGGCAUUGUAUUACAUUAUGAAAGACAACACAAAAGAUUUUUUCACCUCAUCAGGGAAUGAGAAGGAACGGUUGCUGUGGAAUGACCGUGUUCCCGUUACAGCCAAAAGGGACUUCUUCAAAGAGAAAAUGGCUGACAUGAAUGAAACUUAGUGAUGUAAAAGACAAAUUAAUUAUAAUAAUAUGGAUUGUACAUGUACAUUGUAUAUUUAAAUCAGAUUAAAAGUUUUCAUUUUUA